AGUAAAACGAGUCCAGGCAGAGGAUUUGUCCUUCAUACUGGAAUUUUAUGACAGACAGAGGAAAGCUUUACAUUCCGUGUCAAAUGCGAAGCAAUGACACCAUGGACCCUACUCCUCUGAAGUUUGAACUUUAUAGAAGUCGGAUUUACUGUUCUUUAUAGCUUUCUUGGCUUGUGUCAACUCCAUACUCAUUGACCGCAGCAUCAUUUGUUUUCUUAUUCGCUAAGAGCGGCGGGACAAGUUCCAAAUCCAUGAAUUCUGAGAAGUGUCAGCGCAUAGGAAAUGGACAGGAGGAAAAAGUGAAAGGAGUCCUGAAGAAGUCUGGACACGCCCACAGGAAGUCCCUGAAUGACUCCCUUGAUGGAGAGCUCAAGGGGUUCCUCAUAGACGAGGGGCAGCUGCACACCUAUGAUGACCUCACCAAAGUCAACCCUGUGACCCCAACGACAGUGUUGAAAUGCCUGCAGGCCAGGUACAGAGCACAGGUGUUCUACACCCAUGCUGGCUGCACUCUGGUGGCCCUAAACCCUUUCCAGCCCAUCCCUGGCCUCUACACCUUGGAGGUGAUGAAGCAGUACCACUGUGCCCCUCAGCCUCAGGAGUCCAAACCCCACAUCUUCAUUGUGGCAGAGGAGGCCUACCGGAACGUUCAGGGGCAAGUGGACCCUGUUAACCAGUCUCUGGUCGUCAGUGGUGAAAGCGGAGCAGGAAAGACAUGGACCUCUCGGUGCCUGAUGAAGUACUACGCCACCGUGGCAGCGUCCUCCUCUCAGAUGAAGAGUCAGGACACCGUGGAGAUGAUCGAGAGGAGGGUCCUGGACUCCAACCCCAUCAUGGAGGCCUUUGGCAACGCCUGUACCUUGCGAAACAGCAACAGCAGCCGCUUUGGGAAGUAUAUCCAGCUCCAGCUUGACAGAUCUCAGCUGCUGGUGGGAGCAUCCGUGCAAACCUACCUACUGGAGAAGACCAGGGUGGCUGCGCAACCAGCGAACGAAAGAAACUUUCACAUAUUCUACCAGAUGACUAAAGGAGCCAGUGUUGACCAAAGGAAAGAUUGGAAGAUUCCAUAUGACCAAAGUUUUGCCUGGCUUCCAAAUGCUGAAAAGGCACUGGAAGAGGAUUGUUUUAAUGAGACUGUUGAGGCAAUGCUACACCUUGGCAUCGACACAGAGAAGCAAGGACAUAUAUUUAGGAUUUUAGCAGGUCUUCUUCAUUUGGGGAACAUUACUUUCUGUACUGUAGCAGAUGAAUCGCAACCCUGUGACAUUAAGGAGCAUUCCAAAGACUGUGUGCAGGAUUGUGCAGGAUUGUUGGACAUCCCAGUAGAGGAGCUGCAGACAUACCUGAGGGUACAGACCUUGAGGGCAGGCAACCAGAGCGUUCUCUUCAGACCCUGCUCUCUGGCAGACUGCUGGGUCAGGAGGGACUGCCUUGCCAAGGUCAUCUACGCACAGUUGUUUGAAUGGCUGGUUAUGUUCAUCAAUGACAGCGUGUGUGCCAAAAAGUCCACCUGGUGCAAUUUUAUAGGUCUGCUGGAUGUCUAUGGCUUUGAGUGCUUCCAGGUCAACAGUCUAGAGCAGCUGUGCAUCAACUACGCCAAUGAGAAACUGCAGCAGCACUUUGUAGCCCACUAUCUCAAAGCCCAACAGGAGGAGUAUGUCUCAGAGGGUCUGGAGUGGUCCUUUGUUAAAUACCAGGACAACCAGGGCUGCCUGGAUCUGCUCGAAGGCAUCCCGACCGGGGUCUUCUCCCUCCUCAAUGAGGAAUGUCGUCUCAACCGCGCCUCCGACGCCAAGCAGUUCCAGGGUCGUCUGGAGAAGGAGCUGUCCGGCAACAGCAGCAUGAGCAGGGACAAGUUCAGCAAGCUGCCCCACUUCACGGUGGCUCACUACGCUGGCAAAGUCUCCUACCAGAUAGAAGGCAUGAUGGAGAAGAACAAGGACCCUGUGCCCCCGGAGCUCAUCCACCUGGUCCAGAAGUCUCAGAACCCUCUGCUUCACCAGCUGUUUGCUGACCGACAGGCGGAGGACCAAGGCGCCAGAGGACUCAGACAGGUUGUCACAGUGGUGUCCAGGUUCAAGAACUCUCUGGAAAGUCUGAUGAAGAUCCUCCACAGCACAACUCCCCAUUACACCCGCUGCAUCAAACCCAAUCCGGAGUGCCGACCCCUGACCUUCAGAAAGGAGGAGGUUAUUCUCCAACUGGAGGCCUGUGGCAUUGUGGAGACCAUACACAUCAGUGCAGCGGGCUUUCCAAUAAGAAUUCCCUACCGGAGUUUCCUUCAGCGUUACGGACUGCUUUCCAGCUUGACAGCCGUUGCUCAGGGAGCGGAUGGUAAUGGAUUGGAGGCUGAUGGCAUGGACGCUCUGGGCCCCGCCGUGGAAGAGGUUCUCAGCGCGGCGUUAAGACGACACACCAGGAACGAGACGCGAAGCGCCCUGGUGCACUGCGGCAGGACCAAGGUGUUCCUGACCAACUCCAUGCUAGAGCUGCUGGAGGAGAGCAGGAUUAGGGCACGCUCCCAGAGAGCCUUCGCCAUUCAGUGCUGCUGGCACCGGUACCAGCGGCGCAGGCGUCACGCCAGGAGACGGGCCGCAAUCCUGAUCCAAGCCGGGGUGCGCUCAUGGCUGGUCCGAAGGGAGGUUCAGAGGUGGAAUCAGGCAGCCGCGGUCCUGCAAAGAUCCUGGAGGAAGUGGAGGGCUCUGAUGGACACCCUGGCUGAGGCAGAGCUGGACGAUGCCGAGGACCUCCGGGAGGAAGAGGCCGCGCCACCAGAGUUGGACCCCGUUCUCCGGGCCAGAGGCUCCGUGCAGCUCUCCAGCCUCCCGGAGCCCGUCAUGGUACGAGGUUGGCCCAUGGGCCUGGCCCUGGCCUCUGCUCCCACGAUCACUGUGUCCAUGACCGCCACGGGCUUCCACAAGAUGAUGUCCGCCAUGGCCUGCCUCAGUGCUCACUGCUUCAGGAGUGGGGAGUACAAGGUGGAGACCAACCAGUUCAAACAGGGGGUCGCCUCCAUCAGAGCUCAGCCUCGGGGAUCCAUUAAGCUCCACUACCAGAGAUCCCCACUGCUCUACGCUGACAGGCGUCCAGACCACAAGCGUGACGGAGUGACAGGAUUAAACCAGAUACUUCUGGAAGGCAUCUGAGAUGAUCUAAUCUAUUUAUUUUAUUUCUGUGAUCCUUCUAGCUAGGUUCAUCAGUACAUUACAUGUAUGACUGACUGUAGCUUCAUAUUCAACACUAGAACUGUGCUGCCUCAGAGUUAUAAUAGCACUUUUUAAUGAGUACUGUAGAUCCUGCUAAUGCACCCAGAGUAAUGAACUUGUAGUCUUAUAGCUGCCAUAUUUGUUGAAUUGUUGAAUGACUCGGGUGUAUGACACUUCUGUGCCUUUCUCAGAAUCUGUGGAGUUAAACUCAAGAAUGUACUGUUGGCAAAUUUGUAUCUAUGUGCUGAGGGAAAGCAUUGCUUUGGGAUAUUUUUUGUACGACUUCUUUAUAUUUCUACAUUUUUAUUUUAUUUUCAUUUUAAGUUAUUGACAGGAUUGUUGGAGGGAAUUUGUCUAUACAAUGUUACUUUGAUCAGGGAUAAAUGUUCUGUACAUUGAGUGAUCUAUCCAAAUCAAUCGUAUCAGUACACAUGUAGGUGGAAUUUGUGUGUUGUCCAAAUAAUGGGCAAGCAGAGUGUUCCCGCCUGUCUAUUUCACAGCACUCAUGAGAUGUUCAUUAGAAGGGCAACACUACAGUGUCUUCAUGAGACAAAAACACUAUGGGACUUUGGCAGUACAUCUUUAAAAUCAACGUUGACCACAUUCUCACAGAUUACUUCAGUGUUAGUUAUAUGGAACAAAACUACUUAUUAAAAUGUUGAUGUGCCACAUUAAGUGCCCGAGACAAUACAGUAAAAAGGUCUGUAUACUUUGUUCAGUAGUUUGCUACCAAUACAGUAAUUACCUUUGCCUUGUCUGAGAUGUUACUAUAUUAACGUAUAUUUUGCAACCCUCUGGUCCUGUAAUCCUUCCUUGAAUUGUUUGUAUUGUAAACUAUCAUUUUUGUAUAAGGGCAUUCAGAGACAAACUCAGACCAAAUGUUUUGAUGAGUGAUAUUUUGGGUGGGUUAUAUAUAGCUAAAAACACCUAUGGCUUUGCACAAAUUGUCUUUGCAAUACUGUUGUUGUUCCAUGUCAAAAAUAUUUAACAAGAUGAAAUAAAGUUGAAAGAAAAACA